UCAAACGUGAAUUUUCGCGGCAGAAUAAAAUCGACUCUGCACGGGUUUGGUUUUGUUUUUGUAUGUUUUCUGUACCUACUACGCAGUUGAAUUGUAAAAGACAAAACUUUUAAGUGAUUUUCGUCAUUUCCUUGAUCAAUGUACGCGAGAUGAUCUAAAAUUUCGGUAAAAUCGAACGAUAAUGAAUCAGUUCUACCUAUAUGAUUGCGAAAAGCAAGUGGAUAUUCCGAUUCCAAACGCCGAAACCGUAAUUGGACGAGAUUCGAUUUUGCAGUGUAACGACAAACGCAUAUCACGGCAGCACGGCAUUAUAAAACCAAGCGAUGGGGAAGCAUCAUGUGUUCAAAUCACCUCAACCCAUUCGAACCCUAUUUUCAUUCGUACCGAGGACAACGUACUGAACAUACUGACCAAGGAUCUAACGGCAACACUUCGGCAGGGGGAGAAAUUUGCCCUUCUUCCGGAUCAGUUUUGGUUUGAAGUUCGUUUUCGACGAAGCACCGACCAGGAGCAACAGCAGGAAACCGCAGUCAGCUCUUCGUCUGCAAAUAUUGGAGUGAUACGUAUUAGAACGAUGGACGAAGUGAACAACACUGUGGAAACGUCCAAUGGAGAAGCAGUGCCCGUUGAUCGGCUCACCGAAAGUGGUGAUAAACGUAAAAAUGUUGAACCAAAUUCAGAGUCUGCUAAAAAGUCGAAAACAGAUCAUGCUGUCAGUUCGGAAGUGACUGCACGAGACGAAACUUGUUCCACUACAAAAAAUGCACCAGAAAGUGCGCCCCAAGUAGCGUCUUCUAACGACCCUGUGAUUAAACCAGAUCCAGAUGCUGCAGAAGCGAGUUCAUCGAAGACUUCCGAGGCGGAGGCAAACGUUAAGACCGGAGUGAAGAAAGAAAAUGCGGACAGCACUGGCCCCCCACCAAGACCUUCCUGUGAGUUCGGAAUACGCUGUUAUCGACAUAACGUCCAACAUCGGGCACAGUUUGCCCAUCCGAACGAUUCGGACUACCGAAGACCCACAUUUGCCCCGGCGCCGGACGACGCACCACACUGUCCCUUCGGAGCCAGUUGUUACCGGCGGAAUCCGGUGCACUUUCGCGAGUAUCAGCAUCCAGAUUCAAGUGAGUAUAAAGCUUCGGUAACUCCGAUAACGACACAAGUACCUGUUCAACAGCAGCAGCCACUGCUCAACAAUAAUGGCAUCCAACAAGUUCGGCGUCGCCGACGAAUGAUGCGAGAUGUGCUAAUGGCUGCCAUCGUCAACCCGCUACUGUUCGCGGGUAGCGAUGACGAAGAUGACGAUGGUGAUCUGUUUGAGUAUGACAGCGAUUCCGACGAAUAUCGCCCCGGACGAGAAUCCUCUGGCGACGACGAUGACGAAGAUGAGCCAGAAAUUGACACUUACGAGGCGGAGGAAUAAACUUUUUCUGAUUCUCACAUGUUAAUAAACCACGUUAGCAUUUAGUUGAA